GGAAUGGCACAUGAAUUCCAGCACAAAAAUCCCGCUCGACUUGAUUGGCGAUCGCAUAUAUUUAUUCGCCCGUGGCACACAACUGCGUCUAAAAUCUCUUCAGUCGACACGGGUCAAGCGCACACACUGGACUGUCAGAAGGAAGGAAUAAUUUUUUUCCAAGAAGAAACAUCAUUUUUUUUCUCUUUUUUUAAAGAUAAGAUGCCUCUUCAUUCGAGUAUUAUACCCGACGAGGCGGUCUUUGCUGACUUCAGAAAGCAGUGUUUAUCCACGGACAAUUGGGUGAACAAGUAUGACAGCAAUGGGAUGCAAGUGUGGGUCGAAAUUCCUCCAAAUAAAGGAAAUCAAGGGUCUAAAGUCCACAACAUCAAGUGUAAAAUGAUAAUCAAAGACGUAUCAGCAGCCACCAUGUACGAUGUCCUGCAUGACGGCCAGUACCGCAAGGAAUGGGACCCAGCCAUGUUGGAGAGUUUUGACAUCGCCCGGCUCUCUGCGAACGCUGAUGUGGGCUACUAUUCAUGGCUUUGCCCAAAGCCAAUCAAGAACAGAGAUGUGGUGAGCCUGCGUUCGUGGCAGGUGAUGGAUGACGAGUACAUUAUCAUUAACUUCUCAGUCAAACACCCGAAAUACCCUCCUCGCAGCAACCUUGUGAGGGCUGUUUCCAUCCUCACUGGCUAUCUGAUCAAGCCCCUAGGACCAAAUAGCUGUUCUUUCACAUACCUUUCACAAGCUGACCCCAAAGGUUCUCUUCCGAAGGUUGUGGUUAACAAAGCUUCCCAAGUACUCGCUCCACGGGUCAUGCAGAGUGUACACAAGGCGGGACAGAACUACCCAGAGUGGAAACAGAAGCACUCUCCCGACCUGAAGCCCUGGUUGUACCCAGAGCAGAGCACCCUGCCCAUAAUGGACCCUGCCGAGCUGUCGAUACAGAGAGCAGACUCGCUAGAAAACGUGGAUGCUCAGAACAGUGAGGACAGCAGUUAAAUCACAUCGAAAUGACGUGAGGAAGGUUGAGGCACGGAUUGUAUACACUCAAAAAUUCAUAUUUGAGACCUUCAGCACUGUGUGAUUUAUCCAGUUUCAGAAAUCACUGUGCCUUUUUGGGAUGAGCAAGAGCAUGAAGUGUUUACAGCACAGAUCAAGUUGCCAUUCACCUGACUCCAGGCUGAACUAAGCUAAACAUGUUUCCAGUGUUAGCCACCGCGCUGUUUUUUACUUUUAUGUCAUGGUUACAGCACUAAAUUUACAAUGCACAUGAACAAAUUUGAAGAGGAAAUGAAGUGUAGUUGUCUGCUAGUGGCUCUUUGCAAGUGACCGUGAAAGAAAAUUUGUCAGUGGUGAAAGUAGUGAAGUGAAAUGACCACAUUCAUAAACCCCACAUUCCUGAUUUUUCUUAAUUUUUUUUAAAUAAAUGAAUUGCUUGUUUUAGCGUAGCUUUUUAUUUUUUUUGUUGAAUGUAAGGAAACACUUAAUAGUGAGGUUUUUAUUUUGUUAAAUCACAUUAAUUUGGCUAGUUACACCAUUAUAUUUAAAACAUGUUAAUAGGGUAACAUGAAAUCUAUUAUGCUGUAAGGUUCUGGGUUUGUGCAGCAGCUCUGGGUGUCGACCUUGAAUCUGUUAAAAUGCAAAGAUUAAUUGAAUGUAAAACAAAAAAAAACUUAAACCUAAUGUGAACAUUUUAUUACUGUUUAAUUUUAUUUAGUCAUGAUAACUGUGCUUUAUUUCCAUCUUUAAUGUGUAACAU